AUGGGCUAUCUACUGUUAAGCGGAGGCACAGUUCUCAUCCACGGCGAGAACGACAAAGUCACCGCCAGAAAGACAGAUAUUCUCAUCGAAGGUGAUCACAUCUCCAAAAUCGAGCCGGAAAUCGAGCUUCCGAGUGACGCCGAUAUCAUCGACUGCACUGACAAACUCAUAUCGCCUGGCUUCAUCGACACGCAUCACCAUGUCUGGCAGGCACCUCUUAAAGGGCUCUUUGCCGAUUGCACUUUUUCGCAAUACUUAGGAAUCAGAACUAUUGCCAGCAAGUACUUUACCGCCGAGGAUGGCUUCUGGGGGAACUUGGCUGGGUGCAUGGAGGCUAUUGAUGCAGGGACGACGACAGUGCUCGAUCAUGCACAUCUCAACUGGAGCCGAGAUCACAGCAAGCAUGCCAUUGCUGGGACCAUCUCUUCGGGAAUCCGAUCCAUCUUCGCAUACACUCCAACGGUUCGUCUUGACCAGCAUGAACCACAACUCAAGUUCGAUGACAAACCCGUAGCCGACUGGGUCAUGGACACGUUUGAAGAGUUGGCAAAGUCUAGUCCUUUAAGCGAGAAAACCUCUCGAGUCAAACUGGGGUUCGGCUUCGACUACUACUUCCUCCCGAAGGACACAGUUAUAGGACUGUUCAAAAAGGCACGGUCACUCGGGGCAAGCGUCAUCACAUCGCACUGCAACAUCUUCAAGGGCGACAUGUCUAUCGGUGUGCCAGCUCUGCUCAAAAAGUAUGGUCUUCUCGACGACAAGGUCGUGUUUGCACAUGGCGGAAGUAUCCGGCCGCAAGAUGCAGAGUUUCUUCAUGAAGCAAACGCCUACGUAUCGGUUACACCAAGCACAGAACAAUCCAUGGCCGUUGGUCCUUCAGUUUGCUUCCGCGAUGAUCUACCUGGCAUGGACAAGCUUUGUUCUCUCGGCAUUGACUGUCAUUGCGCAACCAGCUCUAGCAUAGUCAACGAGAUGCGCAUGGGUUUGCAGUUUGCUCGUGGCCUUGACAGCAAGAAGCACCUCAUGAAAGGCCAGCUUCCUGAUGACGUGUUCCACAAGGUCGAAGAAGUGUACAACAUGGGCACAAUCCAAGGCGCACGAGCCCUAGGCAUGGAAAAAGACAUUGGCAGCAUCGCCCCCGGCAAAAAAGCCGACCUAACCGUCAUCAACGCCAUGAGUCCCGCCAUGUUUGGAGCGGCCCAACAAGAUCCUAUUGGCGCAAUCGUAUUUCACUCCGGCAUCGGAGAUAUUGACACUGUCAUUAUAGACGGACGAGUACGUAAGCUUGAUGGAAAGUUGCGUUGUGUGAAACAGUUUGAGUGGAAGGAUGGAGGUUUCGUCAAGGGCAGUAAAGAGUUGGCCUGGCCUGAGGUCGCUCAAAGGACUCUGAAGAUUCAGAAGCGGUUGGUGAAGAAGAUUUUGGAGUAUGAUACUCGAAAGGUGGGCGAUCAGGUGGCCAAGAUGAUCAAUGUUAAAUAG